AUGACACCAGUGAGCGAGGCCCCGAAAGAGGCUCCGGCGCGGAAGUUCGUCCCUGCGUCCGUGUACCUGGAGGAGAAGUCUGACGAGCAGAAGAAGGAGGAGCUCCUGAGCGCCAUGGUGGCCCGGCUGGGCAACCGGGACGACCCACUGCCCCAGGACUCCUUCGAGGGGGUGGACGAGGACGAGUGGGUAGGCCUGGGGAUCCCCAGUGGGGGGGGCCAGCACCGGGGGGACUCAUGCCCUCGGUGUCUCUGGGCAGCGAGCCGAGCGGCAGCAGACGCACGAGGACGCUCGGAGAGGCCCCAGUCCGCUGCCGCCUCCAGGAUCAUCGGCAUCAGCCUCCAGGAAGCUCAGCAGAUCCUCAACGUCUCGAACCUCAACCCGGAGGAGAUCCAGAAGAACUACGACCACUUGUUCAAGGUGAACGACAAGUCGGUGGGAGGCUCCUUCUACCUGCAGUCCAAGGUGGUGAGAGCCAAGGAGCGGCUAGACGAGGAGCUCCGCAUCCAGGCCAAGGACGAGAAGGAGAAGGGGUGGAAAGCCGAGACGUGACUCCUGCUGCCCCCACGCCCCGUGUUCCUCACCCUUAACUUAUAGGUAGCCAAUAAAUACCGUGUCCUGG